UAACAACGACAGCACUUCGACCUAAAACUGUGUGCGGGAUGGCUUCAUCGCUAAGGUAUACGAUCAAUUUAUCACAAAGGGCAGAACCCUUAAAGAAAAAGAAGAGGAUAGAUCCAAUGAUUAUUCGUCAGAAAGAGGAACGCCGAAAGAAGAAAAUAGAGAAGAUGAUUCGGCGUUUAGAGAAGAAUGCUGGCCAGUUGAAGCCAAUAGAUGAGCUGGAGGUGCCUCAUGCUGUUGUGCAGCAAAUGGACAUCAGGAAGAGACAGAAGGUAACUAUGAGGGAAGAGGUGGCAGAGCAGCGAGCACAGUUGACAAAACAGUGGAGCCAGUACAAGUUUGAGCAGCACCAGAAGGAAGUCACAGUGCUCAAGAAAAUCAUAGUAGCUAGAGAUCAAGCUCUGGAGGAAUUACGGCAAGAGUCAGAAGACCUGUGGCUGGAAGCAAUACAAGUGGACCAUGUGCUCCUGCCAUUUAAGGCCAAGGGACCUGUGGCAACCUCACCAAUCAAAGAUUAUGACACUCCAGAUGGAGAAUAUUAUAAUAUCACCAAAAAGUGGGAUUAAAUUGAACAUGCUUUAUAUUUUACUUCACUUGGUUAUUACAAGGAUCUUUUUUUUUUUGUACAUAAUAAAAAAGAAUAUGUAAAAUUGACUGCUAUGAUGAAUCUUUUAAAUGAUCCAGAUUUAAACAAGAUAUUUAUUGAACCUAAAGCCAAAUCUCAGUGUUUGAUUGUAAAAUAAGACAGAUUUCUCACAAAUUGAA